AUUAUUACACAAUAACAACUGCCAGAGAGUGAAAGGCAUGUCUUCAACGACAACAACAUUGGCAUCGCUUCCACCGCCAGUGUUGGCCACCUCUGGACACACAGCCACUCAUGAGUUAUCAGCAUACGAUGGCACACAAUUGGCACCAUUCAAGACAAACGCCAAUUACUUUGAUCCGAGGCUUCCUCGAGAACGGUCGCUAACUGGCAAUAGUUGUCUCAAAUGCACGACAAAUCGUUAUAGGAUUAAAAUCAAUAGUCGUAUUGAUGGCACACAAUUGGCACCAUUCAAGACAAACGCCAAUUACUUUGAUCCGAGGCUUCCUCGAGAGCGGUCGCUAACUGGCAAUAGUUGUCUCAAAUGCACGACAAAUCGUUAUAGGAUUAAAACAGAAAAUGAUGUCUCGUUAUCAGCGCUGGGUUUGGCUAAUAUUCUUCGAGUACCGCUACAGAAUCGCGGCGAUGAAAACCUAAUAUCGCGAUCGUUUUAUUACGCC